AUGGAUGAAUACGACUACAUCAUCAUCGGCGCAGGAAUCGGCGGUCUUGUUCUGGCAAAUAAUCUAAGCCAGGAUGCCUCCAUCAAUGUCCUCCUCAUUGAAGCCGGCGCCAAUCGGAUGGGGGAUCCUCGGAUCGAGACCCCUGGAUUUUUGGCCACAAUGUAUGGCAACCCGGACUUUGACUGGGAUUACAUGAGUGUUCCGCAGGUCCAUGCAAAGAACCGACAAAUCGGCCAGCCCCGCGGUCGCGUCGUCGGUGGCUCUUCCGCAUUGAAUUUCUCCGUAGUUAUGUACCCCACCGCAUCAGAUUUUGAUGCUUGGAAGACGUUAGGAAACUAUGGCUGGGGUGCUAAGGAUAUGGCUCCUUACCUUCGGAAAUUCCACACGUAUUCCGCACCCAGCGAGGCCACAGCAGAACUACUCGGCACAAGUCGGUACAUGAAAGUUGAUAACCAAGGAUCUCACGGUCCUGUCCCCGUAUCUCUGCCCGAUAUCUAUGGGCCGUUUAACAAAGCUUGGAACGAGACUUUUAGGCAAUUGGGUUGGGAAACGGAUGCCGAUCCCCUCGAUGGCCACAAAUUGGGCGCUUUUACUUCCCCACUGAGCGUCGACCCCAAGACGGGGACAAGAGGGUACGCAGCGGCAUACUACUCACCCGAUGUUGCGGCGCGGCCAAAUCUGCGACUUCUCACAGAGACGAUGGUUGAGCGAAUCCUCUUCAAACAAGAAGACGGAGAGAUCAUCGCCACAGGUGUGCAGGUCAAGACUCAAGGCAAUACAGACCCGUACCAGAUCACAGCAACGAAAGAAGUUGUUCUCUGUGCAGGCAGCCUAAACUCCCCUCAACUACUCGAGCUCUCGGGUAUCGGUCGUGCAGAUCUUCUCCAAGCCCACGGCAUCCCGGUAAUCAUCGACAACCCCGCCGUGGGUGAGAACCUCCAAGACCAUGCCAUCACGAGCAUCAACUUCGAGAUCGCCGAUGGCCAGGUCUCGGGCGAUAUUCUACGCGAUCCAAACGUCGUCCAGGCACUCAUCAAGCUCUACAAGGAGACGCGCGGAGGCCCGCUGGCAGGCAUGCCCCUCAGCAUGGCCUAUCUCCCGUUAAUGGAUGGAACUGGUGCCGUGCCGAAAGAAGAAAUCGAGACUCUGCUCUCCAAAUACCUCGACGACGAGAACACCCCAGCGAACCUACGGGCGCAAUAUUCUCACAUCCGCAAGGUGCUUCUCCAGAGCGACGAGGCUUCAUCGCACUAUCUCUUCCUUCCUGCCCAACUCCACAUGAACCCAGGAAAGACAACUCUUACCGACGUGCUGGCCAAAACUCUACCGGAGAAUUACAUAUCCAUCAUGAUGCUACACAACCACCCCUUCUCGCGUGGCUCGGUCCACAUUUCCUCCGGAAAGAUCGAAGACAAGCCCACCUACGACCCGAACCUGCUCUCGCACCCGCUCGAUCUAGAGAUCAUGGCCCGGCAGCUGCAGUUCGUGGAUCGCAUUGCGGAGACUGCGCCUUUCUCAACCCUCCUCAAGACUGAGAAACGCAUGCCUGAGAAUGCGACCGAUUUGAGUGACCUGGACCAUGUGAAGGAUAUUGUUAAGGAUCGCUUGUAUACGUGUUUCCAUCCGGCGGGCUCAUGUGCCAUGCUGCCAAGGGAAAAUGGAGGUGUUGUUGAUUUUAACUUGAAGGUUUACGGGACGAAGAACUUAAGGGUUGUUGAUGCUAGUAUUUUCCCGCUUGAGCCUAGUGGCAAUAUCCAGGCUACUGUUUAUGCGGUUGCAGAGCGGGCAUCGAGCUUGAUGCGCCACGUUUGA